CAGCUGAGAUGCUGUAGUCUGAGCUAAGACUCGUGGAAGCAGAGACUAGUGAGUAGUGAGCACUGAGCAGCAAAGGCUGAGUGCAUCGUCUCAUCAGGCAAGCAAAGUUCCAGGAGAACCUUAAGGAUGGCACAGGCUGCACAAAACCCAGUGGUUCAGCGUAAAGUCAUAAUACCAAACAAAUAUGGUGAAAAACUUGUGGGCAUAUUGCAUGAAACUGAAUCUCCGGAGAUUGUAAUCAUAUGCCACGGUUAUCGGUCCUCGAAGGGAGAUAAUAUUAUGGUGAACCUUGCUGUUGCAUUGGAAAAUGAAAGAAUCAGUGCCUUCCGUUUUGACUUUGCUGGAAAUGGUGAAAGUGAAGGUUCAUUUGAGUUUGGUAACUACUGUAAAGAGGCUGAUGACUUACAUGCUGUAGUCAAACACUUCUCUGGUGCAAACCGUAUAAUAAGUGCAAUCCUUGGGCAUAGUAAAGGAGGCAAUGUGGUACUACUGUAUGCUUCAAAAUAUCAUGAUAUCGACACAGUUGUCAAUGUUUCUGGACGUUAUGAUCUGACGAAAGGCAUUGAAGAACGCUUCGGGAAAGACUUUAUGCAAAAAAUCAAGGAGGAUGGAUUUUUUGACAUUAAGGAUCAAAAAGGAGGUGUUAAUUACCGUGUGACUGAGGAAAGUUUAAUGGAUCGCUUACGUACAAAUAUGCAUGAAGCAUGUCUUCAGAUUCCCAAAGAGUGCAGGGUCUUCACCAUCCAUGGAUCUGCUGAUGAAGUCAUCCCAGUUCAAGACGCAUUCGAGUUUGCCAAGAUCAUACCGAACCACAAAUUACAUAUUAUAGAAGGAGCUGAUCAUUGUUACACUUCACAUCAAGCUGAAUUAGCCUCAGUUGUUUUGGAUUUUAUAAAGGCAUCUCUCCAGGAGAACAAGGAUACCACUAUCUAAAUACUUCUGUGCGUUCAAGCAUAUCUAGAAUGAUAUGAAGACAAUAGCAGAUUUUACAGAUAUUGAGCUUUCCAACCUUGUGCGGUGGAGCUUAGUGUUUCUGAUGUUGAUCACCUCAUCGUCUUGUUGAUGCAAGCUAUUUGCUAGUUCUAUUAUCAGCUGACAAGUUAAUUAUGUUCUUGAAUCAUGCUCUGUUGCCUUAACUGUUAAGAGCUUCAUAAUAUGAACCCUUUUGACCUCUUCGCGUGAAAGAGGAUUGUGGCAUUCUUCGAA